GUCCAAUUUCAUCUUCUUCUCUUUCUUAAACCCUAGAAAAACCACCGGAGCUCGCGCGAUCAUGGCGGCUGCGGAAGCAGGUCAGCAAAAGAGAGCCGAAGAAAACGACGAACUCACGAUCAAAGAUGGAGAUACAGACAUCUGCCAACAGCUCAUGGACCGUUACGCCAAAUCCUCCGCCGCGCAGCACGGCCACCUCGUCGCCACCGCCGCCGCAAUGCGCUCUAUCCUAGUCGCAGAGUCUCUGCCUUCGACGCCUCCGGCGUACUUCGCUGCCGCGAUAUCCUCCGCGGAUUCCACCGUGAACUCACCGGCGACGGAUCCUGUGGCGGUUUCUGCUCUGCUUACCUUUCUGUCCAUAGUUGUCCCUCUGGUUCCUUCCGGGGAGAUUUCAACGGAAAAGGCCCGAGAAGCUGUGACAGUACUGGUGAGCCUUAUUGAUAGAGACGAAGAGAAGUUAGGUGUGGCGAGCUUGAGAGGUGGUGUGAAAUGUAUCGGGACGUUGCUAAUUGGCUUCUGUAAUUUGGAUGAUUGGGAAAGUCUUGAUUUAGGUUUUGCUUCUCUUCUCAAAUUCGCCGUUGAUAAGCGGCCCAAGGUCAGAAGAUGUGCCCAAGAGUGUCUGGAGAAGAUACUCGGCUCUCUGCAAUCAUCUACUGUUAUCAAGGAGGCAAGUAAUACAGUGUACGCCUCAUUCAAAGAGUAUAAACCUGUUCUAGCCGAAUUAAGCUCUUCAAGGAUCGAUGAAGGUUCUAAGGUUGAUUUGUCAUUGAAAACCCAAAACGCAGAGGCUGUCUAUGUGUUAAAUGUGCUCGGUGUUGCAAUUCCAUUUAUCUCUUCCAAACUUAGGUCAAGAGCUUUUUCAGAACUAUGCAAUCUUAUGGCUUCUCAGUUUUCACUGCUAACGAGGCAAAUCCUCAAAGCCAUGGAGGUUUUCUUUGCGAAUUCAAGAGAUGAGAUUAGUGUCCCUGAGAUAGAGAGCAUCAUAACUUCACUCACUGGUUAUUUAUCUUCACACGACAAGAAUCCCUCAGACACUGUCGUGCAAGCGACCAUCCUUUUAAGAAGUGCUUUGGAGAAACUCCACUUGGUGGAUUCCAAAUUGUGCCUGAAGAAGCUUCCACUAGUUUUUGGUGAUUUGGCAGGUCUUCUUACUUCGAAUGAUGACACUGCAUCUCAAGCCUUGGAUGUAUUAAAAGACCUGAUCAAUCGCCAUGUAGAUAAAGAUAUUGUUGAGGGAUGUCUGCCAUUUGAAGGUGAAGAAAAUGUUGCAGAUGGCAACAAAAUUGGUGCAACAAAAUCUGUAUGUGCUGUCUUUGAGAGUAUCCUGGAUUCAUGUGAUGCAAUUCCAAAUGAGCGCAUUUUAGAUGUAACAGCUAUUUUGAUCGAUAAACUUGGGGAGCUUUCGUAUGUCCUUAUGAGGAAUAUAGUACUUAAACUCGCCAGCUUGAUGACGAGUGCUACAGGGGAUGCUUGUAGCUUAAAACAUCUUCAGCAUUGCAUUGGGUCUGCAGUGGUUGCAAUGGGGCCAGAGAAAAUAUUAGAACUUCUGCCUAUCUCUAUUUGUGCUGAUAAUCGUUCUUGUACAAAUAGCUGGUUAAUCCCCAUCUUAAAAAGAUAUAUUGUUGGAGCAUCGCUCGGGUAUUAUAUUGAGCAUAUUGUUCCUCUUUCAAAAUCCAUUCUGCAAACUUCUAGGAAAGCUCACAGAAAGAAGUUGCAGGCCUGUUCUCAUGAGCUCAUGGAAUUGUUACCUGCCUUUUGCAACUAUCCUGUUGAUGUAGCCCAAAACUUUGGAUCUUUAGCUAAACUUUUGGUGAAAUUUAUCAAUAAGUACCCUUUCAUGAAUGAAGCCAUUACCCUCUCCUUACAGAGGCUUGUAAAUCAAAACAAAAGUAAGCUUAGGCCCAAGAUAAACCCGGGUGAGGCAAAAACCUGUCCGGGUGAAGAUAAUACAUCAGAGCUUGAAAGUGAAAAUCGUUACUCGAAGAAGACAUCAACUAAAAACAUCAAGGCUUUGGCAUCAUGCUCAGCUGAGUUGCUUCAAUCUCUUGUAGAUAUGUUCACUGGUUUAGGGACAGAGGUCAGUUCUGACUUUAAGGUAAACUUUCUUCAUAUCUUCUGCAAUUUCAAGUUAUAUAAUUAAAUUCGAUUAAAGUCUUCCCUUUCCUGUGAUUCUUGAAGAAAUCAACUGUGAUA